UGUUUGCAGCCAAAACAGACAACCCAGUACCAAGGCGAGAUUCAUUUUUUGAGUCAUAUGCCUCAUAGACAAGAUUAUUCAAAUGUUGUGUCUGACUGCCAAAGAGCUCUGCAUGAAAAUAAUAAUACCCUUGUGACAAGCUCUCCAUCCCUGGCAGCAGCGCAGCUUGUAACCUCUGAUAAUUAUAUUGAGAGCCCAACAGUAAUGACAACCCUCCGCUGCCACAGAAAGAAGAGACUUUCCUCUUAAAGCAGCAGUGGUCAAACAGUAAAUCCACUGCUUUUCUGAAAGGCACACAUGAGAUAAUGCUUUGUGAAGCGUGUGGUUACCCCGGUCUGUAUCAGCUUGGAAAUGACUCUCUGUCCCUCCCUCCCCUCCUCUGGGCAGGAGCUUGGGAAAUGUGACUCUGCUGUGUGCUGUGGUUAGGAUGCAUGGAGAGUAUAGAAGAAAACAAACAUUGUGUCUACUACACAAUAUCCUCACCCUGUAAGAAACAUGCAAACUUCUUUUAUUUUGAAGGAGGGAAAAGUAUCACUGCAUGUUCUGUAGAUGGUAAAAAAUGCAAAAUAUUGGAGGCAACAGCACAGAAACCAAAAUGCUGAGCCUGGUAUUAUGAACAGCCUCUCUCUCUCCAUUCAAACACACACACGCGCGUGCAGACACACAUACACACUGCAUUUCUCCCUCUGGUUGUUGGCGAGGCUUUCACAUCAAACAGCUCCAUGAUAGUGGAGUUUGUUCUUUAUACCCUGGCGAACACGAGCGCCGUGCUUUAUCAACACUUAAUGUGAUACACACACAGACAAGCAUGAAGCACCCUCUUCAUUCUGGGCUUGUUUGAGCAGCUGCUAACCUACUUUCUGUUCUCAUUCUGCAAAAACUGAACUCUGAAAUUGAAUUUUUUUUGCAAACGUACAUCACUGGCUAAGCUGCAAAACAUUAUGCAAAGGGGAUUUGAUUGGCUUUUUGUUCACUGUGUUACAGUUAGAGGAAACUGUAACAUGUCCCUGAACCAGAGAACAUUAGGGAUUUUUUACGAUGUCAGAAAUUGCCUCAGCCCUGUGCUGCGUUUUGGAAAAUGGUAGACUACACAGGCCAAAGAUAAUCCUCAAAGCCAACCCAGUGGAAAGUCAGAGAGGGAGAAUUAUGGAGAUGAUUGGCAAUCUAAUGAUAACAUCCAAACCCAAUGUCAAACUGACUGAAUCUCACUCACAACUAUAUAAUCCUUCAGCACACCAAAGGUGCCCUUUUCCCUCUGAUGUUUCCAAAGCUGCAGCUGGACAGAUGUGGGGAAUUCUAUUUAUUGAUUAUUUUAAAUCACAGCACUCACUGGAAACUGCUGGUGUGUUUAGAAAUAAAAUGUCAUUUUAAGCUGCCAUGUGAUUUUGUGAAAAAAUAUUGUGGAAGGAUUUUUGCAAAACAUUUCUAAGUUUGAUUCAGUCUAAAUCCAACUAAGAAAAUCAGAAUCAUUAUUAUAACUAUAAACAAUAUAAAUAUUGACCUAUUAAUGAGUGCUAAGUCUGAGGCUAGUUUGAAUCGACUUGCUGUGAACUCUUACCAGAGGACAGAGAUGAACCUGACAGGCUGGAGUUGCUGGAUGCUGCCAUCACCCCGCUUUCUCGGCUCGGUCACUCCCGUUUGGCCAAGGUGCGCUCACAGCAGCUCGUCCCCGGCGGCGGUGCCUCCAUUUCACUCACGCCCCACUGUGCCUCACCUCUGUCAGCUCCGCCGGUGACUAUUUCAUGUCUAGUCUGGUCUCGAGCCCUCCACCACCACCACCACCACCGUCUGUGUCAGUCCGCCUCGGCUCGCCGUGCGGCUCGGUGGGGAGCUCACGCCGCCGCAACCCUGAAGGUGCUGCCGCCGCUGAAUAAAAAUAGUCAACACAGACAGCUGGAUUAUACUCCGAGGAUCAAUUCCUCCGAAGCCUUCCUCAAAGCGAACACUACCUUUAAGGUUUAGAUCUGUGCCAUAGAGGACUCAGCUAUGGUUUCCAUGUGCCACUUCAAGGAUUGUAAUAAACACACUACACUGCAGCGUAGACGCGCCUUCUUAAAGUGAAAGUUUGGGUUGCCAGAUGCCAGCACAAAAAAAGCCCAAAACAACCGACUACUGCUCUUGGUCCAGGAUCCAAAACACACCAAACACCCGCUCUAAUAACAUGGGAUUGAAGGCCCCACUGGCUGAAUCACAUUAUCUCCAGUUCUGACAUUGCACAAUUUCAUCAGAUGUCAUGUUUUGUCAUGUUGUGUUCAAAGAGUCUGAAUUAUGAUUAGUGUCUGUUGCGCCACCUGGUGGGCCUUUUUCCUCAUUCCUCUUUGAUCAUUGAGUGGAACAGAUGGAUUUAUUGUCUUCAUAUUAAUUACAUCUUUUUUCAUCCAUGCCAUCUAUCAAUAGUCUUAUACUGGUUUGUUGCUGUCCUGGCAAUUCUGUUUUUGCUCAAGCAGAAGUUUACUAAUUUGAUUCCUAUAUCGUCUGCACUGUCUACUGCUUAAGUUUCUUUAAGAGAGUCCUUUAGCCCCCAUAUGCUCUAGUUAGAAUAAUUAAUAUCUACUAGAUACGGUGACAUAUGCAACAAUAACAGUAUGGCAGGGUGUGAUAGGAUGGUCAACAAUUUUCUCAAAAUGAAAUCAAUUGUUAUAGAGCCGUCCAUCAAAUCACACAUCAGAGUUAAUGAAAUCCUACACUCACCUUUGAAAGUGGUUUCAGUCUCAUCAUCCUCAAUUGGUCACCUGUGUUGUAAUAAUAAUAAUAAUAAGAAGAAGAAGAAGAAGAAGAAGAAGAAGAAGAACUUUAUUAAUCAAUUGUCUGUUGUCUCACAUAAUAUGUCUCUAAAAGUUAUCUACUAUUUACACAAGAGUUGUAAAGUCUGAUGGCUGUUGGUACAAAAUAUUUUCUGAAUCUUUCUGUCCUGCAGCGAAGAGAGAGGAGCUGUCCACCACCAUUUGCCCUUUGGUCCAUCAAGGUGUUGUGGAGUGGGUGACCCAUGUUCUUUAGAAUAGACUCCACUUUCCUCAGUGUAGAUCUCUCCACCACAUCCUCCACUGAGUCCAGCUUGAGUCCUAACACAGAACCAGCCUUUUUCUCCAGUUUGUUAAGAGUUUGUCACUCUUCAUAUUUGCUGAGGCUUGAGGAGCCUCUUAAUUCCCACUGUGAAAUGCAAUGUAAGACGUGACAAUUAACAGUUCACCUAAAAACGCCUUGAUUUCAUAGAUAUUUUACCAUGAACUCUUCUACCCCCUAGCGGUCAAAUAUAUACCCGUAUGCUGUUUGGGUUAGAUGGUGUUGGACUGUACAUAUGGGUGUACUGAACCACUUAACCAGCAGCAGACAUUAGGCCAUGGUGACACCUGUACAUCUCCUGCAGCCAUGCAAGCACAAACUCACCAGUUUGAGUUGGGGUCCUGGUCUCCUGAUGAAUCUAAAUCCAUUUUGCAGUGGCCUCUUUAGUUUACUUUGAUCUCCCGCCACCUCUUUUUUGUGUGUGUGUUUGUUCUAUCCCAUGUUAGACAUCUUUUAUUGGGUGAUACAAAAAUCUAACAAAAGACUAAACAAAACAAGCUUGAAGAGACAGAUGGGUUUCUGUUCACACAUUUACCAAUUAAGAAAGACUGACUGUCCUGAUAAAAUAUGCAAAAAAAAAAAAAAAAAAAAAAAAAGAAGAAAAACUGACUGUCUUUUGUCUUCACAUGUUCUCCCCUUGUUAACAACAGAGCUAAACGCUAUAUGUCAUGUGCCUUGGAAAGUUAAUACAACCCAACCAUAAAAGUCUUCUGUGGGCUAAAAAUGCUGAUUUGGGUUGAUUUUUGUUUUAUUGCUUUAUUGAAUCUGCAAAAUCAACUUCCUUUUUAAGAGUUUGGUCGUGUCCACAUUUUCUCAGGGGAAAGUUUAUUGCAUGAGGAUUUCAUACUGUUUUGUCACCAGCUUCAUUACUAAACUUGCACUUCUUUUUGUUUCUUCAAUUAGUCUUCUGCAUUGAGACAAUAGACUGUAUAAUGGUUAAGAAAAAAUAUUAUUCUGCUCUGAGGGAGUUCUCGACAUUUUUAUUCUCUCUUCUGUGAGACUUCAAGUUGAGGUUAGGUUAAAUCUUAGUCUUGAAAUAAUUCUAAGUUAAGUACCUUUUUGAAUCACAGACUGUGUUUUGCUGUAGUGUUUCACACAAACCCGUGUACUUCCACUUUAUUACUAGCUUCUCUCCCGUUUUUUUGUCUUUUAGUGUAAAUUACACUCACCAAAACCGGAUAAAGACAGCUGCAAUGGUGCUUUAAAACUCAAAUAUUUUACAUCAGUCUACUUACAAACUUACAGGCUCUGAAAAGAGUUUACAGUGGGUCUUCAACCAAAAAGAAAUCUAACUUCAGCUUUCUGUUUGGAUACCCGCCGGAAGUUCCUGCAAGUCCAUGCUGAGGGUUGAAAUACCGACAACCUUACAAACAUUACCACGUGAUCUCAUGUGACCGUUUCAGGGCUGGUCAUGUGACGCGGCUCAUGAAAUUCACUUUCCUGUAAGAGUCGUACGGUCAGUGGUCCGUCUAAAGCUGGAAAACAACAGACUUUUGCCUGAUUAAAGGCUCAAUUUUCUACUGUUGCCAUAGAAACCGCGGUGGACAUGGGGUGAGUGUGGAGAAAUUAGAGAUGAUAUUUCCCCCUCGGUUUGCCUGCCUGCAUAUUAACACGUGAAGUGUUUGUGGUUUCGGUAUUUUGAAACAUGAGUGACUUGUGUGAUUCACAUAAACCUGGGCUGAAGUCUGAUACGCGUUUUUGUAACUGUGCAGGAAAACUCUGACUCUCGUGUUCCUGUGGGCCUGUCUGGGCUUGGUGCUUUCACGGGGCUGCUCCUCGUUUUUCUGCCGAAAAUCUCACCGUGUCAGCAGCUUGAAUGGAGUCGACCCCGGGUCCCCUUUGUUUGUCACCCCAUACUUGGAGAAGGGCGCCAUAGAUGAAGGUAUGAAUGCACCAACUUUAAAUAAAAACGGGGUUUGAUAGUUCUUUCACCUUUUCCAAAUGACCUGUCAAUGUUGUUGCAGCCAGGAAACUGAGCAUGGUGGGAAAACUGCCAGGAGCAAACGUCAAGAGUUACGCUGGAUACUUCACUGUCAACAAAAAAUACAACAGCAACCUUUUCUUCUGGUUCUUCCCUGCACUGAUGGUAGGAGCAAACCUCUUUAAGUCCAGGUUACAUAAUGAGAUCAAUGACAUAGCAGAACAAGAAGGAGACAGUCAUUAUAAGUCUUUUUUGACUUUGUCAGGAACCUCUAUUUCAACAAAAUAAAAAUGAAAAAAUUGAUUAAAUUAUUAAAAUUAUUGGCACCUGUUGUGUUAGGGUCGCUGUUGACCCGGUUAGAUCAAUAUCUAAUAAUCAGAGCAAAAACUGAAAUCAGAAGUGCACUGUCAGGCACCACACUGGCAGUCAGAUCCUCUUUCAAUCAUGUGAGAUUUAGGAAAUUCUCAUUUUGCCAUAUUCAUCCCUGCACAAAAAACAGCCUCAGGCAUGUCCAGACAUGUGAGAUCAGUUCAGUAGAUGUCUGUGUGAGGGGUAUACUGACAAAGAAAGGCCCAGAGGACCACUACAAAAACUAUUAUAAACAUUAUUUUCAUGGUUAAUGAAGCCUAACAAGGUAAUCUAGAGAUGAAAACCAAAUUGGAUGAUAGAGCCCUUAACAUGGUGGAUGGGUAGUAAAAGCUAACACAGGAGGAAGGUGAAGAAGCCGAGCAGCUUUUUAGCUUUACAACAACUCAACGUGAGGUGAACCUGCCCCCACAGUCAGCUGCUGAUAAGGAAUUGCACUGUCUAUAUUUAGUCAGCUGCUGUGAAGGAAUUACAUCUAUACUGGUGAACUUUGUUUUGUGUUAAAAGUUUUUGUUUCAGCUGGCAAACGGACUAAAGGUUUAAUAAGUUAUGUGAGAAAACAGUCUCUGUUUUAUAGCUACAUUUUUGUGACGUAACAGCAAUCCUCUCUACUGACUCUAUGAAAAAUCCAUCUUGUGGUCUGAAAUAAAAUACACUGGUGCAUCUCAAUAUAAUAGAAUAUCAUGCAAAAGUUGAUUAAUGUCAGUCAUUUAGUUAAAUAAGUUAAACUCAUAUAUUAGAUGGAUUCAUUACACACAGACUGAUACAUUUUUUUCCAGUUUGACUUGCAGCUAAUGCAAACCCAAAAUUCAGUAUCUCAGAAAAUUAGAAUAUUGUGAAGAAGUUCAAUAUUGAAGGCUUUUGGUGUCACACUCUAUUCAGAUAAUUAACUCAAAACACCCGCAAAGGUGUCCUGAGUCUUUAAAUGGUCUGUCAGUCUGGAUCAGUAGGCCACACAAUCAUGAGGAAAACCGCAGACCUCAUAGUUUGCCAGAACAUGAUUAUUGAUUCCCUGCACAAGGAGUGUAAGACCAAAAUAGAAGGGAAAAAUGAAGAAAUAGAUGCUGGAGUGUCAGAGAUAACCACAGUAUGGAGAGGAUUGUGAAACAAAGCAGCCCAUUCAAGAACUUUGGGGAGAUUCACAUCUCCCAUCUCAGUCUUUUUGACACAACCUCUUCAUUUCUCCUCUGUUUGGAUGAUUACAGGUCUGAUUUGUCAGCUGGGUUAGUUACAGGCUAAGUUCAUUCUCUAUUGAUCUAGUGAAAUAAUAAAAAAAAUCAACAUCUAGUGAGCUGCAGAUAUCUGCCUCAACAUAAAGGGAAGCACAUUUUUCUAAUACUUACUGUCAGGGGUCAAGAAAUGAAGUGUCAGCACACAGCAAGACUGGCAUGUGGUUUAUUGAGUUUCCUUCUUUUUCUUUUUUUUUUUUUUUUUAAAGACUUUUAUCCAAAGAGACCAGCAGGUGGCGCUGAGCUCUUAUCUUUGUGUUUUCUGUGCUCUGAAUGACAGGCAAACCGAGAUGACGCCCCGGUCCUGCUCUGGCUUCAAGGUGGCCCUGGUGGCACAUCUAUGUUUGGUCUGUUUGUGGAACAUGGACCAUAUGUGGUGUUUAAAAACUUGACUGGUAAGGAGGUACCUUGUGCUACAUCAGGAUAUGUAAACAUUUGCAUGAACCCCUCAAUCCAUUAUUCCUGCUCUCCUAAUCUGCCUUUUUUGACUCUGCAGUUGGUUUGAGGGAUUAUGCUUGGACAUCAAGAUACUCAGUUCUGUAUAUUGACAAUCCAGUAUGUAUCAAAUUAUUUCUGGGGGAAAAAAACUCAAAUCUUUUACAUUUUUUUCAUUUGCACAGAAAUAAAAAAAAAAUCCCCUAAGAGUUGUAUUUGUUUGACCAGGUUGGGACAGGUUUCAGCUUCACUGACGAUGACAGAGGAUUUGCUCAGAACCAGGAUGAUGUUGGCAGGGAUCUGUACAGGUCAAACACCACUUUGAGACUAAAACCACAUUUACUUCUUACUUGAAUCUUUGAAUAUGAUGUCUUUAAUUGUAAUUAACUCUGUAAUAUUUCCAUCUCUUGCUUUCUAAAGUGCUUUAACUCAGUUUUUCCAGCUCUUCCCCGAGUAUCAAUCCAAUGAGUUUUAUGCAACUGGUGAGGUAGGUUUUUUCUUUUUCUUUUUUUUUUUUUUCAAUGAGCCAAAAUGUGGUCUUUACCCGUGUAACCUUCCUCUAUCCUGUAACAGUCCUAUGCAGGGAAGUAUGUUCCUGCCAUUUCUUACUACAUCCACAAACAAAAUCCCACCGCCAAAGUGAAAAUCAACUUCAAGGGGAUGGCUAUUGGUGAUGGGCUCUGUGAUCCAGAAUUGGUACGUUUCCUACAAAGUGCAUCAUCUUGAAUUUCCUUUACUCUGAUGGAGUAUAACAUGUUUUAGCCUUUCUCUGUUUCAGAUGCUGGGUGGUUAUGGUGAAUUCAUGUACCAAACAGGCAUGAUAGAUGAACUCCAAAGACAGUAUGUUGACCAGCAGGCAGACUUGGGGGUGAAGCUAAUACAGCAGGAGAAAUGGGUCCAGGCUUUCCAGGUACAAAGAAAUGAAUCUGUACAAAUUAACUCUUGUUUUUAAUUGGACAGCUAAUGACUACUGAAAAAAAGUUGAUCAUAUUGAGGUUUCUCUUUUUUUCUUUUUAUUGUUGAUCUAAGGUAUUUGAUAGCUUGCUGAACGGUGAUGUGGAGCCUUAUCCCUCUUUCUUCCAAAAUGCUACCGGCUGCACCAAUUAUUUCAACUACUUGUCAUGCCAGGUGCCAACAAACACUGAUCAAGUUCAAACUACCUUUAAAAAAAUAGGCUUUAUUUUUUUUUAAAUCAAACAAAUGACUCAACUUUUUCUCUGUUGUUUUCAACCACAGGAGCCUGAAGACCAGGAGUACUUCUCCGAGUUCGUCACUCUUCCAGCUGUGCGAAACGCCAUCCAUGUAGGGAACCUGACAUUCCAUGACGGAUCGCAGGUGGAGAAGCAUCUCAUACAGGACGUCAUGAAGAGCAUCAAACCCUUGCUUGGGGUUUUAAUGGACAACUACAGGGUGAGAAUAGGUUGCACUAACUUUUUGUACCAGUCUUUAUCAUAUUUGCAUUCAGAGAAAAAGUUCCUUAAAUCCCCUUGUUUGGUUCUUUCUCUCAUAUCUUCAGGUGUUAAUCUACAGUGGUCAGCUGGAUGUAAUCGUAGCAGCUCCACUGACUGAGAGGUUUCUGCCUACUGUUAAUUGGACGGGAGCUGCUGAGUACAAAACAGCCCCGCGCUUCCACUGGAAGGUCCAGCCCAGUGACACAGAGGUGGCAGGUUACGUACGACAAGUGAAAGAGUUUUACCAGGUGAGCAUACCUCAUCAGCAUCACUCGAACCACAGGAAAAUAAUCCCAUACAUGUGGACAUCUGAAAUACUGUGCUUCUGUCUUGUCAUUCAGGUGAUCAUUCGAGGAGGAGGACACAUUCUACCUUACGACCAGCCGGCGAGGUCCUUCGACAUGAUCGACAGAUUCCUCUCGACGCAGGGCUGGGUGUAGAAAGUUCUGAUAAAAGCACUUUGAGGGAACAAUGUUGAUCACUAACUGUUGAUUUGAAAGACUGAUGAUUGUCUCAGGUACGGUAAAUCGGCACUUUGUUGGAUCUGAACAAAUCUUUGAAGCAUUUUCUCGCUUUUGAAGAAGUGAGGCUGGGUUUGGGACUACACUCCAGUGCACUGCUCUUUAAAAAGUGUUCAUUUCGCCCAAAUCCGUCUCUCAGAGUCUCUGCCUAUAUUCUGAUAUAGUGACUAUAAACAAAUCUGAGGUCUAAUAAAAAUCAUGUCUGUUUGGAUUGUGUGAGGGAAACACGGCUUAUGUCGCAUUUAUGUUGUGUGUAAAAGAGAGAGCCUUUAAUCCAGAGCUGUAACGUCUAGAAAUAAAAUGUUUUCUUUUUCAAAUUGGAGCAUCUUUCUUACUGGAGUAUAAAAACCCAAUUUUUAAGAACUGUUUUGUGAAAAGGAGAGGACUUGUUGACGAGUGGAUUUCUCUCCUCCAACAAUGUCCACCAGGAGUCACUGUGGGACAAAGAAAACUUGGAACAGCACCUCCAAAAAACAAUGAUGCAAUCGAACAGCCACAGUCUUUUAUUAAUUUUUGUAAACAAACUGAGAAAUCUUUGAUUAUCUUAUCCACGGGAAAAGGGGAAAGAGCCACUGCAUGUUGCAAUAGUGCAGGUAGGCUACUGUUACUGCCUUAUCUGCUCUGCAAUCGUUUUGUCAGCAUGCUGCAAAGUUGUUUGUGUACCGAGGUUGACUGUCAUGUUACCUCAUGAGGCAGCUAUCAAGAUGUCUAGACAGCUUACUAAUUAAUGAUCAUACUAAACCUUCAAAGCGUCUCACUGUUUAAUGAGCAGACAGAAAUACUGCUGACCUCUCUUCAAAUAUUCAGUUCAUAUUUCUACACAGAUUCCCGCCGUGACAUCCAAUCACAUCAGUGAGUUGUCUGUUACAGAACAAGUGCUUUAUUUUCAUACCGUAAUGUAACUGCAGUGAUACCUUAACAUCUGUACAAAUGCAAAACUAAACAAAAUGAAGGAAAUGUCAUCAAAGACACAAAAAUUGUACAAAGUUAUGCAGGCAAAAAUGGAUUCAUCAAUUCAUUACAUAUAAACAAUGUGUUUAAGCGCUGAAA